CCACCAGUUCCUCAUCCAUUUGCAACCUCUUCAUCCCCAUCUUGUCAUUUUCCCUCCUCUGUUUCAUCUAAGAAAAUGCAUCCCCUUCACCUCCCUGGAUCUUUCUUCUUCUUCUUCAUCAUCAUCACCUUCGUUUUGAUCCAUGCUCCUAAAUUUGCAUCCUCUGUGGAUGAACGUUAUGCGAACUGCAACAGGACUGUCGCCUGUGGAAACAUUGAGAAUAUUGGCUAUCCUUUCUGGGGCUCAGGCAGGCCGGACUACUGUGGCUUCCCAGGGUUCCAGCUGAACUGCAGAGACUCAAUCCUGGAGAUCACAACCAUGUCAGCAACAUACCAAGUCCUUGGAAUCAACAACCAGUCCCGGAUUCUCAACGUGGCCAGAGCCGAUUAUCUAGAUGACCUCUGCCCCGCCUUGCUAAUCAACACCACUUUGAAUCCUGACCUCUUUGAAUUUACUUCCGAUACUCAGGAUAUAAACCUCUAUUAUCAUUGCCCCCCUCUUCCUCCUUCUCCUCCAACUCCAAUACCAAAGUGCUUCAGUCAUUUUACUUGUCAUGGUUGUUCUGGCCGCAAACCAAUCCGAAAUCCAGUCCGUGGAGGCAAGUCCGAGUCCCAGUCCGAGCGGGGAAAAUCUGGUUGAAGCUCUUGCAAAAGGAUUUGGGUUGCACUGGAAGGCAAAUAAUAGCUUGUGUGAUCG